UUUAUUUUUACGUAGAACUCAUAUCGAUCCGAUAUGCCGCGUCCGAGAAUGGAUUUUGCGACUAAUAAGUAGCGAGGCACCACGCGAGCAAGAAUGAACGGCCCUGGAGGUUAUGGGCACUGCUCAAUUGGCUCAUUCCUCGGUGCUUCUCGAAGGCCUGGUCAAGGAGGAGUUGCUCAGUGAACUACUAGUUUGAGUUCCCUGAGACGGACACCACUGACAUCACCUACAGUGCCGAGGUACAGGCUUAAUGGCAGAUAUCAAUAGGAGAUGAUGGUACGUGUCACGUCUGUUUGGUUGGACAGCCACCAAGUUGACUUUGAUGUCAGCGCCUGUUGUCAUCAGAACCUGGUUCUUGUGCUGCCACAUCAUUUUUGGUGGUGGCGCUGUCGUCACCUCCCAACACUUGCGCUCCCCGAGUUCCCAUUCAAGAUGGUGCUGCCACGGACUUUGGCUCGUGGGGGUGCCGUCGCUACUGACAAAGCCUCUGCUCCCCGUCGUCCCUGUUGAAAUGGUGGCUGGAACUUGGAGAGGGUUUGCUGCCACAGCCGGAUCCAGUGUUACAUUCCUGUGGCUUUUUGGUUGUUUCCCAAUUAUUGCAAGGGAGUUGCAGGCUUAUCAUGGGCGACACAGUGCUUUGCUCGCACCUUCACGGAGUGCAGCAAUGUGGGGAAGCAAGUCGAGGACAGCCUCUCUCGAUUUCUGCCCCGGGGGCGCUAUGCUCUUCAGCUGACACCUUACAGACAUGUCAGGAAGCAAGGAAAGGUUCUUUUUUCACUCAUCGUUUACAUUUGGGUGAUUAACUUAGUCUUGAAAAAAAACACGUCAUUUUAAUGACAUUGUGAUAAAUAAAUUUUGGGUCUUUAAAUUGUC